ACUAUCCUGCCUGCUGCUUGCUGCACCAUGAAGUCUGCCAAGCUGGGAUUUCUUCUAAGGUUCUUCAUCUUCUGCUCAUUGAAUAACCUAUUAUUGGGUGGUGUUAAUAAAAUUGCUGAGAAGAUAUGUGGAGACCUCAAAGAUCCCUGCAAAUUGGACAUGAAUGUUGGAAGCUGCUAUGAAGUUCACUUUAGAUAUUUCUACAACAGAACCUCCAAAAGAUGUGAAGCUUUUGUCUUCUCUGGCUGUGAUGGCAACCUUAACAACUUCAAGCUUAAAUUAGAAUGUGAUGUAACCUGUGUUACAAAAUACAAACCACCGGAAGGAAUCUAA